AUGACAGGAGAAUUGCAGUGUGACAUCAGUGGGAGAGAGAAAGGAUGGAUAAGUAGUGAUUCAGAUAAUUGGACAUUUGUGACUAAAGGAAUGUUUUGUGAAGAUGAUUUUGAUUGCUUAAGAAAUGAAACUAAAAUGAGAUGCAUCAAUAAUAAAUGUGACUGUGAUAACAAAAACAUAUAUGUAAAUUUAUAUCAAUUUAGACUGCAUUGGAAAUCCCAUUGGAUUCUUGGAAAGUGUUAUGAAAUAGCAUCUUACCAUGAUAAGUGUGAGACUAAUGAAGAGUGUCAAGCAACUGACAGAAACAUGAUUUGUCGUCAUGGCUUGUGUGAUUGUAGUAUAAAUUAUAAAUAUAUAAAGCCAACUGAACAGGAAAGAGGGAAAUGUUACAGAAAAGCAUCAAGAAUGUAUGAAAAUAAUUUUUAA